AUGUCUGAGAACAUACCUCCUAAACCCUACUGUUCCCUUUCGCUGAUCAAGCUCGUCUCUGACGCUUGGUGCGUCCUCUCUGAUGCUUCAAGAAAGUCAAUAUACGACCGAGAGUUACAGCUGAGUCAGCUCGGUCAACGUUGUAGUCAACCGGAGGAGUUUCAGUGCCGACAGGAGAGCAAAACUGAGACCUCCGAGAAGAAUCAUAAGGAGGCUGCGACGAGUUUUUGGACGGCUGCGUUUGAAGCGGUUAAGACGGAGACGCCACCUGUGGAGAGUAAUGGGGAAGGGGUUUAUGUUUUCUGUUCGUGGGCUAUGUUCCCUGUAGGGUUUUUAGGUGAGGCUAAAAGGUCUGGCUCUGGUUGGUCGCCAGUGUCAAAUCUCUUUCACUGCCCUGUGCACGGCUCUUCUGAUUAUCAAGCGAAUCUAGAAACACCUGCUCCAAGAAACUAUCAUGAUGUUGACAAUGGUGAUGGGUUUUAUAUUACAAUAUCUGAUGAUGAUAAUGAUGAUGAUGAUGAAGAGAGAGAUGUUGCAAAGAAGAAGAAGAAAGGAGGAUGA